CCCCCCCCCCCAACACCCCAUCUACACCUGUGCCUGUUCAGCGGGGGUGGUCCCGAAGCUCCCCUGGAGUUGGAGCAUUGUGCAGUAACGGGCUCCGUCAUUGUUUCGCUUGCCCGCGGUAGCUCUUGAUGAUCAAUUGCCCUUUAUUUUUCUGCUUUUAGGAUCUUCUGAACCCCUCCCCCGACCAGUCUCCUGUCCACUCCUUUUUUCUUUCCUCUCUCUCUUCAAUUCCCUAUUCGAACCGCCUUCGACAAUGGCGGCCAAAUCCAAAGACACCUUGGCGGUUACGCCGCCGCCAAAAUCAUCUUCACGCUCUCCCAGCCGCUCUCCGGGUCCCAAGAGCCGCAAGAAGGCCGUCGCGGCCUCCUCGAGUUAUGCCUCAGAUGGCGUUACGGACAACAAUAUCUUCCAUCUUCCCGCCUCCGACUAUAGAACUCUAGUUCUGGUGACCAUUGUUGCGGCAGUGGUCCGGUUGUUCAGGAUCUACCAGCCUUCUAGCGUUGUCUUCGACGAAGUCCAUUUCGGAGGUUUUGCGACAAAGUACAUUAAGGGCCGCUUCUUCAUGGAUGUUCAUCCUCCUCUUGCCAAGUUGCUCAUCACACUUGCUGGCUGGCUGGCGGGCUUUGAUGGCGAGUUCGAUUUCAAGGACAUUGGAAAGGAUUACCUCGAACCGGGCGUACCAUAUGUUGCCAUGCGCAUGCUUCCGGCGAUUUUGGGUGUUCUCACGAUCCCAUUGAUGUUCCUCACACUGAGGGCAUCGGGAUGCCGCACUAUCACCGCCGUGCUAGGUGCCGGUGUCGUCAUCUUUGAGAACGGUCUCAUUACUCAGUCUCGUCUCAUUCUCUUGGAUUCCCCAUUGGUGUUCUUCACUGCGCUCACCGCAUUGUCUUUCACGUGCUUUACCAACCAACAGGAACUGGGACCUUCUCAUUCCUUCCGUGGAUCCUGGUGGUUUUGGCUCGCGGCAACUGGCCUCUCUCUGGGCGCUACCCUCAGUGUCAAAUGGGUUGGACUCUUCACCGUUGCUUGGGUUGGGUCGCUUACCGUUCUCCAACUGUGGGUUCUGCUUGGUGAUCCAAAGAAUGUCACACCGCGCCUGUGGUUCAAGCACUUCUUUGCUCGUGUCUUCUGCCUGAUUGUUAUUCCCCUCAGCUUCUACUGCGCCAUGUUUGGCAUUCACUUCCUGUGCCUUGUCAACCCCGGCGAUGGAGAUGGAUUCAUGUCGUCCGAGUUCCAAGCAACCCUGAACUCCAAGGGGAUGCAGGACGUUCCCGCCGAUGUUGCAUUUGGAUCUCGCGUCAGCAUCCGUCACCUCAACACCCAAGGAGGCUAUCUUCAUUCUCACAACCACAUGUACCCCACAGGAAGCAAGCAGCAGCAGAUCACGCUCUACCCCCACAAGGAUGAGAACAACCUCUUCGUCCUCGAGAACCAGACUCAGCCUCUUGGCCCCUAUGGAACAGUGGAGGGCCCCUUGGCCUGGGACAACAUAACCGCGGAGUAUAUCGAAGACGGCGCUGUGAUCAGGUUGAAUCACCUUAUUACUCGGAGACGUAUUCACUCGCAUGAUGAGCGGCCUCCUGUUACAGAUGUGGAUUGGCAGUUCGAGGUGUCCGCAUAUGGAUACGAUGGAUUCCCCGGAGAUGCAAACGAUCUCUUCCGCGUCGAGAUUGUGAAGUCCCUGUCCGAGGGCGAGGAGGCGAAGAAGCGACUGCGGACCAUCCAGACUAAGUUCCGCCUGGUGCACAUCAUGACCAACUGUGUCCUGUUUUCCCACAAAGUCAAGCUUCCCGAGUGGGGUUUCGACCAGCAAGAGGUGACCUGCGCCAGAGGAGCUACUUUGCCCAACAGCGUCUGGUACAUUGAAUCGAACAGCCACCCUAUGCUAGCAGAGGAUGGUGAGAAGGUUAACUACAGGAACCCCGGUUUCUUCGGCAAGUUCUGGGAGCUGCAGAAGGUGAUGUGGAUUACCAAUGCAGGCCUGACUGAAUCGCACGCUUGGGACUCUCGCCCGCCUUCCUGGCCGACCCUCCUCCGUGGCAUCAACUUCUGGGGCAAGGAUCACCGCCAAGUCUACCUCCUGGGCAACCCCUUCAUUUGGUGGUCUUCGACGGUGGCCAUUGUUAUCUACAUUAUCUUCAAGGGAAUCUCUGUUCUUCGUUGGCAGCGGAGCUGUGGUGAUUACCACAACGUGAACUUCAAGCGGUUCGACUACGAAAUUGGUACUAGUGUACUUGGCUGGGCUUUCCACUACUUCCCCUUUUACCUCAUGGCGCGCCAGCUUUUCCUGCACCACUAUUUCCCUGCCCUCUACUUCGCUAUCAUUGCCCUCUGCCAAGAGUUCGACUUCCUUGCCAACCGCAUCAAGAGCCUUGGGUUGCCAUCUCGCCCUGUUAUCGGCAAAGUGUUGGCCGGCAUCUUCCUUGCGAUUAGCAUCUUUGCUUUCACACUGUACUCGCCUCUGGUCUACGGCAACCCCUGGACCCAGGAUGCUUGCAACAGUGUAAAGCUAAUGGACAGCUGGGACUUUGACUGCCACACAUUUUACACUAGCCUUGACCAAUAUGUGACCCAGAUCGUGGACACGCACCCGGCUAUCCCCACGACUCAAGCGUCAGUGCCACAAGCACCCCCCGUUGUGAUGGAACAACCACCACAACAACAGGUCCCGCAGCAAGUUCCGCAACAGAAACAGGAAGUCUUGCAGGAGGAGGCACAGGAACCGGCUGUCACGCCCCGGGCUCGGCACACCGCCAAGGCCCGUGUGGAGUACCGUGAUCAACACGGAAACGUGCUGGACGAGGAACUUGUUGCUCAGUUGAAGAAGGAGGGUAAGGUCCAGUUCGAGAGCCGUCAUGAGACGAAGACUCGCCUGGAGAACGGCCGUGUUGUCGACAUGAUCGACGGUCAAAUUGCCCCGCCUCACCCCGACGUUGAAGGCCAAAAUCCCGAAACUGUUGGAAGACAGCCCCCUCAGGCUGUAGAGGACGGCCCAGCUUCAGUUGCCGGCCAAGGAAGCUCCCAGGAGCAGCGCGGCUCGCCUGACCCCAAGCCGGCCAGCGAGGCCAACGAGGCGACCAAAUCUUGAAUAGACUUGAAGAAGCAUUUGUGAGGGAUCACUGUACUGGUUUCAAACUUUGGCUGUUCUCAUUUACUUCUUCUGUACUUCUUUUCUAGCAAUAAUUGGCUUCUCUUUCCUCCCUCUUGCUCAUUCAACUACUUUGGUCUAACGAAAUGUGACUCUUGUACAUGAUUACUUACGUGUUCCUGGAUUUAGCGGCCUACUUGAUUGUACAUGUCUUAUCACAGUUUGGGAACUUGGUGUAAGCGCAACGAAAACAAUCUUCCAAAUAAAACCUC